GAACUAUCUGUGGUCUUUGACUGGAAUAUGUUUGAUGGUUCUGGCUGUGAUAGAGUCAGAUGACAUGAAGGCAUGUUGGAUAACACCUUCUGAGGCAUACCGGAAGUACAGGUGUGUUAAGAGCAACAUCACGAUUCUACCAUUCAAUGUGUGUGCAAUAACAUGUUGCUUACAGCACAGAUGUAUCGGAUUGUACCACAAGGACACCAGUGAUGAAUGUUACUUGAUCAACGCUAUUGAAAAAGAGGAAAAUUGUGCCGACUUGGAUUGGACUAGCUGGAAAGCAUAUAAGAAAACAAAAGACCUCGGCGGUUGCAGCCAAUAUUUAUUGGUUCACAAGAGGGUCCAGGCUGGGCUGAACUUUGUUCCGAGUGAAAACGAAGAUAUUGGUGGUAUUAACGUGACGCACCAUUAUGAAUAUAUAACUCUACCAAACUUUUCCAAAGUUCGAGGAUUUGCAAUCCAGGGAAGGUGGCGAAAUGGAACUUUUGACUCUUGCUGUGAUGAAAGGGUGACAUCUUUUUAUAUUCGCCAUAGUACUGACCUCCAAGAAUGGAUCAGGGCUGACAAUAACACACUAUUUGAAGGUAAUGUGAUUCCGGAUGCUGGAAAUGAGAUAGUCAUCAAUGUGUUUCAGACGCCUUUAGAAGUGCAAGCCUUAGCUUUUUUCCCAGAAGGUUAUCAUGGACAAAAGAUCAUCCGUUAUAAUGUGAUUGGCUGUGAAAUAUGACGUCACAAAUCUGAUACUUCUCUGAGGCUUCGAUGCCCGAGAUGUUUUACUCUAUCGCCUUUAUACAAAUCUAGUUUUUGAAAUUAUUUUUCAAAUCAAUCAUAACAAAUUUACUUUUCUUGCAUAUCAGACUGGUGUUUUCGUUAGUUUACCCAUGCCGGAAAUUUCAUCUAGCUUGGGGUACCAGAUGAGUCGCAUGCUACAAAAUGGAAUGCUUAGGAUGACGUUAUUUCGCCGUUUUGAAUGAACUUUUAAUUUCAUAUGCUGUUAGAUAAUAGUAACGAGUGUAAUGUCAUAAAAUGCCAUGAAAACUUGUUUUAUUAAAGUAAAAAUAAUGGUGGAAACAAGUAGAAUAUGCAAGAAAAAUAUCUGAUCGUUAUAUCCGUCCCUUGGGAACCCGCCCAAGGGCAGUAACUCAACAAGGCUCGCUUUUCAUCCAAUGGGCGGGUUCCUUCGAGAAAAACUUACCUAUAUGAACCGCAACAUAUGACAGAUAUUAUAAUGGUAAACCGGCUAAAUUUAAUCGGUCUCAUUAAUCGACAGUUUUAUAAAAAAAACUAAAUUGGUGAGUGUUAUAAUUAGGCAUAUACUACAUUUAAUUUAUUUUUGUAAAUGCUAAUAAACGCUUAUCUCGUACAUAAUUUCAUAAUUGAACUGAAACAUCAAACUCUAAUGAGCACUUUUGGCAUUGUAAAAGUCCUCAUUAUUUUUUAUUGUCUUGGUCAUAAAGUAAGCAUGUGUGGUUCUUAAACAAAAUAGGCCACUCAAAAUCCAGUGUUUGUAAAUGCGGUUUAAGUGGUUUAAGUGGCCACUAAAAUGUAUUAAGAACAUCAUACAUUCGGUGUAUAGAGAUAAUUUAAAUAUAGUGUUGCAUUUUUUGAGCAUACAGCAAAUGGUUAUUAAUGAGAACAAAACUGAAUUAAGCAAAUUAUUUCAAUUUCAAAUCAGUUCUUAUAAUUUGCCCGAUUUUUAAUACAUUUGCCCGAUAUACACAUGACAGAUGACUAUAGCUAGCUUUAUGACAUAGACAUUAUUUGAUGCUAAUUUCAGACUACAAACAACACGAGAUCAAAUCUAAUUUAAGUAACAUCUGUAAACAUCUAAUGAAAGAAUAUGUUACUGUUUAUUAUGUGAAAUGUUAACAAUUAAGAACUGAAAAAGGAAGUUACCGGUACAGAGCGACCGAGGGUUCUUUAUUGUUAAAAUGUCUACUAAAUAAAAACUCACUAAAAUUUUUAACCUCUGCUUGAACGCCUCCAGUCUAAAGAAAGUUGUUACCAAUAAUUCUAUAAAGUGAAGGAAGCACGUUACAUUUCAUCUUGUCAAUUACGUCAAUUAAUAUAUAAUAGCAAAGAUAUGCUCAGUGGCAGAGUACACACCAUUUAAAAUUUCUUCAAUGCUUUCUUAAAAAAAAUUGACGUGAAUAAUUUUGUGAUAUCCGUCUUCUUUUGUAUAAUUCCGUUGCUGAGGGUUUAAUGACACCUCUAGAUAAAGUACAGAAAUAUAUCUUAAACAAUGUGUCAUGUGUCUUUAUGCAUUAAUUGAAAAAUGUUUGAAUGACAAUCAUCAUCCAUUUAUGAUUUAUAUAAUUAUGUAAGUUCAGUAUGAUCAAAAUAUAUUGGUUUGUCUAUUAUUUAAGCAAAACGACCCCGCUAUAAAAAGCGGUAGUUGGUUGAUUGUAAGAAGAAAUGCUGACCUAGUUCCCGCUCCGAAUUUUACCAGUGUCGCGUCAUCCUAAUAAGGCGGGGUGUUACUUCAUUCAGUUUACAUAUGCGCGUUAUGUUCCAUACUCAUAAUUGUCAAUUUGCAUGUCUAUUCGAUUGUUAAUGGUAUUCUAGAAAAUUGUAGCGAUUAAAUUGGUCGGCAAAAGAUGUUGAACGCUUAUAUAUGAAUAUAUUUAUUAUGCUGCCUAUCAUGACAUUUAUUAGAUAACUUUCAUACUGAUAAAAAACAACAACAAUGGAUGGUAAAUCUAUUAUUCAUGUAUAUGAUUAUUCUCAGUUUGGGACUUGCUAUGUAUGUACUGCUGUGUGUGGGCAUUUUGAUGCUGUUUUUGUUGUUGUUGUUGUUGUUGUUGUUAUUGAUUUGAUUUUUGUUAGUUUUGUUUGUUUACUUUUAUGGGCUUUUUGUUUUGUUUUGUUUUUUUCUAAUUAUACAUCUCAUGUUUGUAUCAUGUAUAAUGUUCUGAGAGAAAAAAAAGAAUUUGAAUUUACUUCUGCAAAUGCUAAUGCACAAAAGUGGUUCUUUAACCCUCUAUUAUUUCUACAAGAAACAUAUACAAUGUACUUAAAAAAGAAACAUCAUUUUGUUUACAGAUUUGUUUAAAUGAAAAUAAAAGUUUCUGUUAGAUUGUACGACUGUCUUAUCUGAUCAUGUCUGCUUAAUUUGCCUGUUAUUGGUUUUUUUUGUGUGGGUUUUUUCUUUGUUUUUGUUUGUUCAU